AUGUGUGGCAUUCUUGCGUUAAUCCUCGCCAAUUCGGCGUCGACAUCCGCCGCAGUCGACUUACACGAAGCCCUAUACCUCCUUCAACACCGUGGUCAAGAUGCUUGCGGAAUCGCUACCUGCGCAUCGGGUGGAAGAAUAUAUCAGUGCAAGGGAAAUGGAAUGGCGGCAAAGGUCUUCCACGAUGGUUCAAGAGUCAUUGACCUCCCAGGGUUCAUGGGCCUAGGGCACCUGAGAUACCCCACCGCAGGAAGCAGCGCAAACGCAGAGGCUCAGCCGUUCUACGUCAACAGCCCGUACGGCCUCUGCCUGGCACACAACGGCAACCUUAUCAACGCCCCGGAGCUGAAAAGAUAUCUCGAUAGGGAGGCUUAUAGGCACAUCAACACUGACAGCGACAGCGAGUUGAUGUUGAACAUAUUCGCUAACGAACUCAACGAGACCGGAAAGGCACGAGUAAAUAAUGACGAUGUUUUUGCAGCAUUGAGCAGGAUGUAUGAUAAAUGUCAAGGAGGCUGGGCGUGUACGGCCAUGAUCGCUGGCUAUGGACUGAUUGGCUUCCGCGAUUCUUAUGGCAUUCGACCGUUGGUAAUUGGCUCGAGAGAUUCAGUGGACGGUCAUGGAAAAGACUACAUGAUGGCUUCCGAGUCGGUUGCCCUUGUUCAACUGGGAUUUGAUGUUAUCCGGGAUGUCCUCCCCGGCGAGGCCGUCAUCGUCCAGAAGGGCCAUGCGCCUCACUUUCGACAAGUGCAAGAGAGAAAAUCAUAUGCUCCCGACAUAUUUGAAUAUGUGUAUUUUGCACGACCAGAUUCAGUCAUGGACGGUAUCAGUGUGCACCGCAGCCGACAGCACAUGGGAUCCCGACUCGCCGAGGAGGUCAAAAGAGUGCUUAGUGCUCAAGAUCUGGCUGACAUUGACGUGGUCAUCCCCAUUCCAGAGACGUCAGUCACGUCAGCAGCUGUGGUGGCCAAAGCGUUAGACAAGGAAUACUGUCAAGGAUUUGUCAAGAACAGAUACGUUUUCCGCACCUUCAUCAUGCCCGAGCAGAAAGCAAGGCAGAAAGGAGUGAGGCGCAAAUUGAACGCGAUGGCCAUGGAGUUCAAGGAUCGCAAUGUUCUUUUAGUGGACGACAGCAUUGUGCGAGGUACAACGAGUCGAGAAAUUGUAACCAUGGCACGAGAAGCAGGCGCCAAAAAGGUCCACUUUGCCAGCUGUGCACCUCCCAUCACCCAUGCCCACAUCUACGGGAUCGAUUUGGCAUCACCUUUCGAGCUGGUUGCACACAACCACCACGGGGCCGAGGCGAUCGCCAAGCACAUUGGGGCAGACAGUGUCAUUUUCCAAACAUUGGCCGACUUGAAGGCUGCGUGCGUGGAUGCGGCGAGAGAAGCUCACAGUCACGAUGCGCCUUCUGACUUUGAGGUCGGCGUCUUCUGUGGCUCCUACAUUACUCCAGUUAACCAAAGCUAUUUUGAUCAUCUGGAGAGAGUCCGAGGACAAACCCGGCGUCUUAAAGUCAUGGAUGAGGCGCGACGAGCUGUCGCACAGGGCGUGGCAGGAGAGGAUCAAAUUAAUAUGGCCACCAAUGGAGCUGUUGUCACAGAACAAGGCAAGGUGGUGCCAGCGGCAAACGGCGAGGCGCGAAAAUCGGCCAUUCAAGUCAACGGAUCAGUUUCUUUCGGUCACGAUGCAGUAGCAGGGUCCGCGCAAGCAGCUUCGCAAGAGGACGAAAGCCCGAGUGUUCGGGAUCGGAUGGACAUCAGUCUGCACAAUCUAGGGGAUUUCCCUGGGUGA